AUGGCACUCUACACCUUAAACAUAAUGUCCACAAAGCUUCUGUCUUUUCAUUUUAUUCUCAUCAUGUUUUUCAAUUCACUUUUAUGGCUUUCUACCCUCCAAGUUUAUGGCAUUUUCACUUUUGCUGCCACUAAUGCUACAAAAGUUCAAGGUAGUGAAGCAAUUGCUCUAUUAAAUUGGAAAACUAACCUUGACAAACAAAGCCAAGCUUCAUUGUCUUCUUGGUCCAUCAUUUCAAGUCCUUGCAAUUGGAAGGGGAUUGUUUGUGAUGAAAAAACCAAUUAUGUGACAAUUAUAAAUCUUGCAAACUUUGGUCUUAAAGGUACUCUUUUAAGUCUCAACUUCUCAUCCUUUCCUAUGCUUCAAACUUUGGAUAUAAGUUACAACUUUUUUCAUGGUACUAUUCCACAUCAAAUUGGUAACUUGCCCAAAAUUUCUAAACUAAAAAUGAGUCAUAAUCUUUUCAAUGGUUCCAUUCCACAAGAAAUAGGGACACUAAGGAAUCUAAGUCACCUUCAUAUUGCAAUAUGUAAACUCAUUGGUUCCAUUCCCUCAACAAUUGGAAUGUUGAUAAAUCUUGUUGAACUUGAUUUAUCAGCUAAUUAUCUCACCGGCAAAAUUCCUUCCAUAAAAAACUUGAUGAACUUACAACAACUUGUUCUAUACGGAAAUUCUCUUUCUGGACCGAUUCCUAUGGAUUUAGGCACAAUCUCUUCUCUUAGAACAAUUAAAUUGUUAAGCAACAAUUUUUCUGGUGAAAUUCCAUCCUCCAUAGGAAACUUGAAUAAUUUGAGGAAACUUCAGCUUAGUUAUAAUCAACUUUAUGGAUCAAUUCCUUCUACUAUAGGAAACUUGACAAAACUCAUUCAAUUAUCACUUUCUCAAAACCAAAUUUCUGGAUCAAUUCCAUCUUCAUUAGGAAACUUGAUCAAUCUAGAAAUGCUUAGUCUUUCAGAAAAUCAUCUUACUGGUCCUAUUCCUUCAACCUUUGGAAACUUGACCAAACUAACCUUUCUAUUACUUCACAUGAACAAACUUAAUGGUAGCAUUUCACAAGCAAUGAAAAACAUUACCAAUUUGAAAAGCUUACAAUUAAGUUCAAAUGAUUUCAUUGGCCAAUUGCCACAUCAAAUUUGCCUUGGUGGAUCACUAAGAAACUUUUCUGCUAAUGAGAAUCAUUUUAGUGGUUUAGUUCCGAUAACCUUGAAGAAUUGUUCAAGCCUUGUUAGACUCAACCUUGCAGAUAAUAUGUUAGUUGGAAAUAUUUCAGAUGAUUUUGGUGUAUAUCCAAAUUUGAGCUACAUUGAUUUGAGUCACAACUACUUUCAUGGCAAAAUUUUGCAAAGUUGGAGGAAAAGUCAUAAUCUAAUUGGCCUAAGGAUCUCAAAUAACAAUUUAUCAGGUACUAUACCUCCAGAACUAGGACAAGCCCCUAAGUUACAAUCACUUCAACUUUCUUCAAAUCACUUAACAGGAAAAAUUCCUAAAGAGCUUUGUAACUUGACUUCAUUGUAUGAACUCUCCAUUAGUAACAAUGAACUUUAUGGAAAAGUUCCUAUAGAAAUAGGAUUCAUGCAAGGACUUGGAAACUUGAAUCUUGCAGAAAAUAGUUUAAGUGGCUCAAUUCCAAAACAAAUUGGAAAGCUUCUCAAACUAGUUCAUUUGAAUUUGAGCAAUAAUAAGUUCAUGGAAGGAAUUCCACAUGAAUUUAACAGAUUGCAAUCUCUGGAAGAUCUUGAUCUUGGUGGAAAUUUGUUAAGUGGACAAAUACCCGAAGAAAUUGGAAAGUUGCAAAAGUUGAACACAUUGAACCUUUCUCACAAUAAUCUCUCUGGAAAUAUUCCAUCUAAUUUUAAAGAUAUGAUUAGCUUGACAAAUGUUAGCAUAUCUUAUAACCAAUUAGAGGGUCCAAUUCCAAACAAUCAAGUGUUUUCUAAGGCACCUUUUGAAGCAUUGAGAAACAAUAAAGGCUUGUGUGGUAAUUCUUCAAGCUUGGUUCCUUGUGUGGUAAGUCAUCACAAUACAAAAAGUAAACACAAAAGUGUGAUGAUAUUGAUACUAUUUAUAUUUCUUAUAGUCUUCUUGGUUGGUGGUUCUUUGUAUAUUCAUUGGAAAAAGGCAAGAAAACUUAAAAAGCAAGCUAGAGAAGAACAAGAACAAAAACAAAUUGAAGAUGUUUUUUCCAUAUGGAGUUAUGAUGGAAAAAUGGUUUAUGAAAAUAUCAUUGAAGCAACGGAGGAUUUUGAUGAGAAAUAUCUCAUUGGUGAAGGAGGUUCUGGUUUGGUUUACAAGGCUAAUUUAGCAUCUGGUCAAGUUGUUGCUGUGAAAAAACUUCAUGCUGAAGUUGAGAGUGAAAUGAACAAUUUCACGGCUUUUACUAAUGAGGUUAAAGCGUUGACGCAAAUCAAACAUCGUAACAUUGUGAAGUUGUAUGGAUUUUGUUCGCAUCCGCGCCACUCUUUUGUGGUUUAUGAGUUCUUAGAAGGAGGGAGUUUGGAUAAUGUGAUGAGACUUGAUACACAAGCAACAACAUUUGAUUGGAAAAAGAGAGUGAAUGUUGUUAAGGGUGUGACAAAUGCUCUUUACCAUAUGCAUCAUGGUUGCUCUCCUCCUAUUGUUCAUCGUGACAUAUCGAGCAAAAAUGUUCUUUUAGAUUUGGAUUGUGAAGCUUACAUCUCAGACUUUGGAACUGCUAAGAUUCUUAAUCUUGAUUCACAUAAUUCAACAACAUUUGCAGGCACUUAUGGAUAUGCAGCACCAGAGCUUGCAUAUACUCAUGAAGUGAAUGAGAAAUGUGAUGUGUUUAGUUUUGGAGUGCUAUGUUUGGAAAUAAUUAUAGGAAAGCAUCCAGGGGAUCUGAUUUCUACAUUGUUUUCAUCAUCUGAAGCACCAAAAGCAUAUAAUUUACUAUUGAAAGAUGUAUUAGACCAAAGACUUCCUCUUCCAGAAAAUUCAGUUGCUAAGGAUGUGAUCUUGAUUGCAAAAAUGGGAUUUGCUUGCUUGAGUGACAAUCCACAUUCUAGACCAACUAUGAAACAAGUUUAUAACAUGUUUGUGAUGCCAAAAUCACCAUCAAUGGAGACAUUCCGCAUCGUCACACUUGGUCAACUUUUAAAUUAGUGAACUUUGUUUUACUUGUAUUGCAAGUUUCACUGUUUUUUUUUUGUGCUACUAAUAAUGUGUUUGAGAUUCUGUCAUCUUUAUUAUCUUGUGUGCUAACUAUUAAGGGUGUAAG